AGUGCACCCUUCGAGCUUCUCACGCUCUGCUUUGUCUCACCGAGAAAGGACGUCCGAACAAAAGGGCCAGGGACAACCAUAGCCCCCUCUCAUCUGCAAGCUACGAGUGAUAUCUUAUAGGGGAGAGAGCAUGACUACUGGUCUACGUAUGGCCAUUCUUUUCAACCUACCUCUACGGCCAACAACACUCACACUCAGAAUCUCUUUUCCAAAAAAAUCGAGUGACAGAUCCAAACGUCAAUAUGUCGAACGAGGUGUCUGAGGGGACUGACGCAGAUCCUUGGGCGAUACCCAAGUUCACCCAGGGCACCAACGUCUCCCGCGUCAUCCCCAGAGCGAAAUCCCCCAGCAUCGUAGAAUCCGAUGCAGCAGUCCGUGCCUGGCGCAACAAGAUCACCGAAUUCUUCUUCAAGUGGCGCCGUCAUGGAAAUAAUUCUCCCAGCGACUGGGAUGGGGCAACCAUGGACCGCCGAGUCAAGUCCCGCAUCAGCAAAAUCCCCAUCAAAUCCCCCUGGAAAGGUCCCGGCAAUUACAGCGGCCUGGUCCGGCGUGGUAUGAGAAGGAAGGUAGGGGCCUGGGGGUUUGGUGGCGGACCUCCAGAGAAGGAAGUCUGGGCACUGGCCAGAAGUAAAUGGCUGGAAAAGCAGCUUCUGCGCAUCAAAAUGCGCCACAUAAGGACUCUGGGAUGGGGUGGCCUCGGUGUCGUCAACCUCUUUGAGCAAGAACGCCCAGAUGGCCAGGUCAUCAAAGUGGUGUGCAAGAUAGACAUCGACGGCGAUAAGGGCUACCUUUCGAGCGAGAUCGAAGCCCAUAUGGGCACUGCCGGAGCCAAGCAUAUCUCACAACGCAUCCCCCCAGGCUAUUUUGCGCGACCCAACGGUCAGCCUAUCCAACCGGCACCCAAUACUGUGCCUUCGUCCACCAGAAGGUCAUUCGGCUCGGAUUUGAUGAUGAUAAGCAGCGACGAUAAGGCCAAGGUGGGCAAGGGUAAACCCGAUUCAUCGCUCGACGCCAUUCCUCUUUGGGACUCAAGACAAGUCUUGUUUCUCGAGUUUAUGAGCCGCGGGGAUCUCCGCAAGAUAGUAGCACAAAUUGCCGCUAAUCUUACCACGUACGGCAACGCUCCACCACUUACUCUUUGGCAUAUUUUCGGCAGUCUCUUCAAGGGCGUCGUAGGGCUGGCGUACCCGAGAGUAUUUAUGCCUGAGGAGUUCAAGAGCCCACAUAUGAGCGACUACAUUGUGCCCCAAGCAUCCGAAAGCUGCCUGCCCCUACCCAAAUUGACACCAUACUGCGAGCAUAAAACCCUUGUCCACUUCGACCUCGAUAUGACCAACGUCCUGGUCGGGGACUAUGACAGUUCUGAACACAACGCCACUCCGAUAGCCAAGAUCGCUGACCUCGGCCUGUGCCAAGUCUUUUGCGGCAACCAAGCCUCGUCCGAGUUUCGCUGGUCGUGCCGCAGGCGAGGCAAGAAAAGCAUCUUCGCGCCCGAACAGUUCACCGAAGAGUGGGACCACGUCAAGGAGGGCCCGCGCGAAUCCGGCGCCAAGACGGCGGGAAACUACAACUGGUGGACGAAUCUCUACCAGGUCGGCAUAAUCAUGUACUCGCUCAUCACGCUCUUCGAGUUCGAGGCGCCGCCCACGCCGAACAUGGCAGCCGUGAGAUACCCAGACGGCUCGGAGAAGGAGGUGUGGGGAUACGGCAUGGACUUGCUCGUUUGUGGUUACAGUCACCUCGACUUCGACUUGGUGAACGCCGUUGCUGCGUGUCUCUGUUAUGAUCCGGCGGAUAGGCCAGAUCUGCACGACCUAGAGAAACUGAUAAGGGCCAAGGUAACAGCGCAGCCGCCUGAUGGUCCAGUGGCGAAGAAAGCGAGGGACUGGGGCAGGCGGUACUUCGAGGGGGCGCCGCCGCCGUCGUAUAAGCCGGCGCCGUCGGGGAGGGAGAGACUCAGGCUUUGGCAGAACCCUGCCCCCGGAGGUGGCCGUGGGGGCCCAGCUAGACCGCCUGCAGCCUGGCAGCCUGGCGUUCAAGCUGGAUUGGCGCAACAGCGUGCGGCUUCAGUCGCAAAUUUUCCGAGACAACAGCGUGGUGAUCCAGCCGAAAGGGGUCAGCAGCGUGCGGCUUCGGCCGCUGUUGUUCCGGGACAACAGCCUGGACUUCAAGCUGGAAGGGGGCAGCCACCUAUGGCUCCGGCCUGGAGGGGACAACAGCCUGCAGCUCAAGCCGGAAGAGGGCAACCGCCUCAAUUCCCAGCUUGGGGAGGGCAGAGGCCUCAAUUUCCAGCAGGAAGAGGACAACCGCGUGCCCCUUCGGCGGCAAUGGGUCCGGGACAACAGCCUGGCUUUCAAGCCGGAAGAGGUCAGCAGCGUGCGGCUUCGGCUGCAGUUCGUCCGGGGCCACAGGCUCGGUUCCCAGCCGGGAGAGGCCAGCAACCUGCGGCUCAAGCUGGGAGGGGACAUCAGCGUGUGGCUUCGACCGCAACUAUUCCAGGGCAGCAGCAGUCUCAAUUUACAGCUGAUAGGUGGCGACAAGCUGGGUUUCCAACCGGAGGGCAGCCUUCGGCUACGGGUCGAACUUCUCGAAGUUUUUUUCAAGCACCCUCUGGAUUCCCAAAUACAAGGGGAGGUUAGGCUACAGGUACGGUGUGUGCUGCUCAACUCGCUGGUUGAGACCGGGGUCAUAGGGUGCGUUGAGAGAGGGUCCUUGGAGAGUGAUGGGAGUUCGGUUUCUUUGUUUUUAUGGUCUUGGGG